UUCUUCUCUGGGUUUUCACACUUUUCCCAGAUUCGCCUCUUAGUGCUUCUUAGAGCUUUGUUUCCUUUCACCGCCCGUCCUGCUGCUGUUUCUUCCUCUCUUCUCGUGUUCGUUUUUUAGUUUGUCCUCCACUUCAUCUUUAACGCCUGUCUGAUGGUGAGCUGCUCCCUCCUCCCUGUUUUCUCGUCCCCUCCAUCCUUUCCGUCCCGCUCCGUCCUCAUUCACUUUCACUCUUUCUCGUCUUUGCUCUGUCCCUUUCUGCGCGACGCUGCGAUGCCAGUACUCGAAGGUCUCUGGGGCCCAGAUUUCAGGGUGCGGGACUCCGGCCUCACCGUCGGGGUCUAUCCGGACGAGCCUCCUGGCUCGCGGGUGUGGGGACCUCUCAGGACCCCUCCUGUUAAUUGCGGUGGCCUCUCGCUGGCCCUGGAGCUCCCGGCUCUUAUACGGCAGCUCAGGGCAGCUUGGCGAGCUCGCAGGAGAGGCCCUCAGGGGCCAGAGAGAAGUGAAGGCAGCACCUGGACUGAAGCGGUGCGGGACGAGGCUGACGAGGGCAAGCAGGACCUGGAGAACAGUAGUGCACAUCUGGAAGCUGAUGGCAGGCUGAACGCUGGGCAUGCUGACGUGUUGCUGGCAGAGAGACGAGGCUCCUUCCCGCUGAUCGACCUGCGGAUCCUGAAAACGAGUGCGCAGCAGGAGGAGGUAGAGACCGGCACGAGGAGGAAGUUAAAACGUCUGCUGAGCUUCCAGAGAUACUUUCACGCCUCCAGGUUGCUGAGGGGUCUGGUUUCACACACUCCCGGGUCGCUGCACCUCCUGGACGAUGACUACCUGGGACAGGCAGUGCACAUGUUGUCAAAAGUAGACGCGUGGAGCUUCGACAUUUUCCUCUUCGAUCGUCUCACAAACGGUAACAGUCUGGUGACUCUCAUGUGCCAUCUUUUCAAUGUUUGUGGUCUGAUCCACCACUUCCAGCUGGACAUGGUUAAACUGCACAGGUUUCUUGGUUUGGUGCAGGACGAUUACCAUUCCCACAAUCCAUAUCACAAUGCUGUUCACGCUGCUGAUGUGACUCAAGCCAUGUACUGCUACAUGAAGGAGCCCAAGCUGGCCGAGCAGCUGACUCCUCUGGACGUGUUCCUGGGUCUGACGGCUGCCGCCGCUCACGACGUCGAUCACCCCGGAGUCAACCAGACGUUUCUCAUCAAGACCCAACACCACCUGGCCUCCCUCUACCAGAACACCUCUGUGCUGGAGAGUCACCACUGGAGGUCCACUGUGGGCAUGCUGCGAGAGUCAGGACUUCUGUCCCACCUGCCGGCUGACAUGUCGCAGGCCAUAGAGCAGCAGCUGGGGUCCAUCAUCCUGGCUACAGACAUCAGCCGACAGAACGAAUUCCUGCUGUCGUUCAGAGAACAUCUGGACAGCCAGGACCUGGACCUUCAGCUGGCCUCUCACAGACACUUUCUACUGCAGAUUGCUCUGAAGUGUGCCGACGUGUGUAAUCCAUGUCGGGACUGGGAGCUGAGCAGACAGUGGGGUGAGAGGGUGUGUGAGGAGUUCUACAGGCAGGGUGACCUCGAGAGGAAGCUGAACUUGGACAUUAGUCCUCUGUGUGACAAACACAUGGACUCUGUCCCAGCGGUCCAGAUCGGUUUCAUGUCGUACAUCGUGGAGCCUCUGUUUGAAGAGUGGCAGCGCUUCACUGAACCCAGCCCACUCAGCCACUUAAUGAUGGGCAACCUGCACAAGAACGAGGCUCGCUGGAGUCGUGUCCGACGCGCGCGCAUGCCUCCAGAACCACGAGCUGACGAGCCCGAGCCCGAGGAAGGAGGCGGGGAAGGGGAGGACGUCUCUUAA